AUGGCCAACACCGGAUUUAGCAUUCCCGUGGUGAACGAUGCCAUGAUCCACCUUCCCACCGGGUUCCGGUUCCUCCCCACAGAGGAUGAGCUUGUCAUCAACUACCUCUACCCCCGUGCCCUUCAUGUGCCACUGCCUUGUGAGAUCAUCACCGACAUUAACAUCCUUCACCACAACCCCUGGGAUAUCGUCCCAGUGGUGGAGACAGAGAAAGGGAAGUACUUCUUCACACGGAAGGUGGUCAAGUACCCUAGUAGCCACCGCAGAAACCGUGUCGCUGGUGAUGGCUUCUGGAGGGCAGCAGGCUCAGAGGUGCCGAUCUAUUACAAACCUGAGGGAGCAAAUGAGGGCGUGUUGGUUGGGAUGAGGCGGACUCUAGUGUUCCACAAUGGAAAGCCACGGAAUGCGAAGCGCACGGAAUGGGCCAUGCGUGAGCUCCGCCUCGCCGGGGCUGCCAUGUUGCCUCGCGCUGUGAUGAGGCGCGGCACAGGGGAUGGUUCAGUGCCACCCCGUGUUUGUCCUGAAGAGACAGUAGCCCAGAAAAGCGAUGGUCUCUCUGCAACUGUUCCUGCCAAGUUUGCUUCUGCACCUCUAGUGAGAACCAUUGUAAAACCUGAUAGCUCAUGGCUGAUCUGUCGCAUCUACAAGAAGAGGCAGCGGACCCCACGUGUCAUUAUCCCUCCCGCCAUUGGUAAUAUAGGGGUAGAUGUCAUCCCUAAUGACAUUGCCAAUGCAAGGGAAGGCCAUGUUCGCUUCAUUGACUUCUUGGGGCAGCCACCUCACAUUGAUUCAUCUUCACCACAUAGCUGCACUGUUGACCCCUCCUUGUUGGAUGAAAGGACCGAUGAAUCUACUGGUUGUAGUGAGGAUAAGGAUAGCCAUGGCUUGAAUGAGGGCAACCAAUCGAUUGAUCAAGCUAGUAAACCAAGAGAAGAAUAAAGACAGCAUGUAGGGUGCUCUACUGCUUGGAAGAUAUACAUGCAUGAUAUAUAUGAGUUUUCAAGUUCAUAUAGAAGACUAUGUGUUUGUGUUUGUUUGAGUUGGAGUAGCCCAUGCUUCUCAAGCUGGAGUCUAUGUUGUUUUAUUAAAGUUGGAGUCUAUGUUCUGUUUAUUAGUUCCAUGAAAAUCAAAUAAAGCAUGCUUGGGUUCUACAAGGAACAUAUAGUCAUCCUAGAUGUAACAAGUUCUGGAGAGGUAGCUUUUUUUGGAAAUUGUUGCAUCUAGCUUUCUUCAAUAUAUUAAUGCAGUG